CCUUGAUAUUUGGAUUUUGGAGGAUAGCAGCACCAUAACAUGUGUGCAAAAGCCGUUAAACGGUCACCUCUCCCGCCCUCCCCAGAUAACAAUCUAAUCCUAUUCCUAAUUCAUAAGACUAGAUGCAAUCCCCAGCCACAAGAACACCAAAGCUGUUCCGCACAAUCACUACAGCAACAGUCACCACUUCACUCCAUAACCCACCCAACUCCACCACCACAGGCAAUAGAGAAGCAGAGCAGAGCUGCUUGGCCCUCCUUCACUCCUGCAACACACUCCCAAAGCUUUUCCAGACCCACAACUACAUUCUCAAAUUGGGUCUCCAAAAUAACCCUCUAGUCCUCACCAAGUUCGCCUCCACAUCCUCUGAUCUUGAAGCCAUUGACUAUGCCUCAUCCUUUAUAUUCUCACCUCGUUCUGAUACCCGGCUUUACGAUACGUUUCUCUUCAAUACCGUCGUUAGAGCUUAUGCUCAAACUACUCAUUCACGGGACAGAGCUUUGUGUUUUUACCGUGUCAUGCUUGGUUAUGGAGUUUUGCCUAACAAGUUCACGUACCCAUUUGUACUCAAGGCCUGUGCUGGCCUUGGGAGCUUGAAUUUAGGUAAAUCAGUUCAUGGGUCUGUUGUGAAAUUUGGAUUUGAUGAUGAUGUUCAUGUUCAGAAUACUAUGGUUCACAUGUACUGUUGUUGCAAUGGUGGGAUUAAUUAUGCUCGGAAGGUGUUUGAUGAAAUGCCAAAAUUAGACUCUGUUUCUUGGAGUGCGAUGAUUGGAGGGUAUGUCCGAUUGGGGUGGUCCUCAGAUGCGAUUGGUUUGUUUAGGAAAAUGCAGAUGGCGGGAGUUCGCCCGGAUGAGAUCACGAUGGUGUUGGUGCUCUCUGCGUGUACAGAUUUAGGUGCAUUUGAGCUUGGGAAGUGGGUGGAGUCAUAUAUUGAAAAAGAAGGGGUUCAAAAGAAUGUGGAGCUUUGUAAUGCACUCAUUGAUAUGUUUGCGAAGUGCGGUGAUGUGGAUAAAGCUCUGAAAUUGUUUAGAGACAUGGGUGGGAGAACAAUUGUUACUUGGACUUCUGUGAUUGUUGGUCUGGCGAUGCAUGGUCGUGGUCUAGAAGCUGUUUCCUUAUUUGAAGAGAUGAUAGGAACUGGGGUGGCUCCUGAUGAUGUGGCCUUUAUUGGGUUGCUUUCUGCUUGUAGUCACUCUGGAUUAGUUGAAAAUGGCAGAAAAUAUUUUGACCUGAUGAUCAAAAGAUUUAAAAUUGUACCUAAGAUAGAACACUAUGGAUGUAUGGUGGAUAUGUUUUGCAGGGCUGGACUUGUCAAAGAGGCACUGGAGUUUGUUCAAAAUAUGCACAUCAAGCCAAACCCAAUAGUUUUGCGAACCUUGAUAAGUGCUUGUCGUGCUCAUGGUGAGCUUAAGCUUGGAGAGAGCAUUACUAAACAGCUAAUCAGAAAUGAGCCUAUGCAUGAAUCAAAUUAUGUAUUACUUUCUAACAUUUAUGCAAAAAUGUCCCAUUGGGAGAAGAAAACCAAAAUUAGAGAGUUAAUGGACAAGAGGGGGAUGAAAAAGAUCCCUGGGAGCACUAUGAUUGAGCUAGAUAACAAAAUUUAUGAAUUUGUAGCUGGAGAUAAAUCACAUGGUCAGUCCAAGGAAAUUUAUGAGAUGGUGGAUGAAAUGGGGAGGGAGUUGAAGAGGGCUGGAUAUGCUCCUACUACAUCAGAGGUAUUACAAGAUAUUGAUGAAGAAGAUAAGGAAGAUGCUUUAAAUAGGCACAGUGAAAAGCUGGCAAUUGCAUUUGCCCUUCUCAACACACAACCAGGAACUCCUAUUCGGAUAGUGAAGAAUUUACGAGUCUGUAGUGAUUGUCAUUCUGCUACUAAAUUUAUCUCUAAGAUUUAUAAUCGAGAAAUAGUGGUUAGGGACCGGAACCGGUUUCACUAUUUCAAGGAAGGGUUGUGCUCAUGUGGAGAUUUCUGGUGAAAACUACCUAGAAUAUUAUGAUUAUCAACUUUUGAAAUGGAAACCAUUGUUGGGUUGGCUGAUGGGCUGUCCUGACUCUCUGAAAAUGAUAGAGCAAUAGAUCAUGCUCAAAUUUUGUCAUGAUCAUUUAGUAAAUCACCAAACUGGUGCAAAGUUUGAUCCAGCUAGAAAUUGUAACAAAUCAUUUAACUGGACAGAUAUAUUCCACAAAGUUUAACUCAACCUGAUAUUUCAAGAUAGUAGCUGAAAGAUCAUCUUUCAGAGGAAUAUCUGAUUCAAUGUAUAUAGUGUGCAAUUCAAGGUGGGCAUUUGGCCUGAAUUCAUUAUUUUAUACCCAGCUAUGCUUCCACUGUGACUUAUACUUUGUAUGGAGGUUUGGUGUUGGUAAAACAGUCCUCAGUAUCCGUAUGGCUUUGUCAAAAUAAGAUCAAACUUGCUAAUCUUAUCCUACUAUAUAUAAAAAGUGGGAGUUUGGGCAUUUGUUUAUGAUGUAAUAAAACGACUUUGGAAAGCAUAAUGGACAGGCUGAAAGUUUUUUGUGUUGUGGAGAUUGAGAGUUAAGCAGGGGAUUUUUGUCUUUCCACAUAUAUUAUCUAUUGCAUUGUGCCUUGUGCGGGUUUUCUGCUACAGACAGGUUGAGCUGCAGAGGGCCGGAGGCGCUGAGACUUGAGAGAGAGAAAAAGGACUGAGAGGAUGAGAAGAAAUCAUGCACCUUCUCCUGAUCUGUCUAGGAGAGCAAGAGAAAGGACAGUGAGUUGGUGAGGCAGAGGAUUGAAAUGAUGGGAGCAGAGAGUGCAAGAUGGGUUUCUACCUACUUGUUAUGGGGUUGUUUGUGGUUUUUUCGACAUUGAGAGAGUGAAAGUGGGAGUAGAUGAUAAAAGAGGAUUCUCUGUGGUUCAUUGGUAUUUUGGCUCAGCACAACAGUGUUUUGGCUCAACACAAAGCAUGUACUAUCUCUCUCUCUCUAUGUAAUCCCUUACAAAAUUUUAGCUGAUUUAGAUUGCUUUUCUUUCCUUUAAACCUUUUUUUUCCCCUUUUAUUGUGAUUUAGAUUUGUUCCUCGUUGUAAUAUAGAUUUUUUGGGUGGUGAAUUUUGAUUGGUGUUUGAGAUUUUGCAUAGUGGGAUGUGAUGAUGGACAGAUGGAGUUUUGUAUUGGUCUGCUCAGUGUUGAAAAUAGUGCCUCUCCUCAGUCUUCUGUCAAAUAAUUUGUUUUAGUCAAAUAUAAAUCAUGUUUGGUUGUUGAAAAUCUGAUGUUUUAGUUUCUUUACAUCAUUUCCUCUUAUCACUUCAGUGCUGUGUUUGGAUUAGUAUUUUUUUUUUUCUUUACAUCAUAUCUUACCAAAGAGACCAAGCUGUUUGAAUCAGGUUUUAGCCAAUCCGUUACAGCUCUUUAAAAAAUUCUAUAUGCUUUGCUUCGGCCCUUUCUUACAGUAGCCAAAAAUCCUAGUGUUCCAAGACUUUGUUCAGUAUUUUUUAUUUUUUAUUAAUGUUUGUGUGAGAAUUUACUAAGACAAGUUUUUUGAGCAAUUACUUCAAAUUUUUUUUAAAAUAAAACUUUAGGAGCACAAAGCAUGUGCUAUCUCUCUCUCUCUAUGUAAUCCCUUACAAAAUUUUAGCUGAUUUAGAUUGCUUUUCUUUCCUUUAAACCUUUUUUUUCCCUUUUAUUGUGAUUUAGAUUUGUUCCUCGUUGUAAUAUAGAUUUUUUGGGUGGUGAAUUUUGAUUGGUGUUUGAGAUUUUGCAUAGUGGGAUGUGAUGAUGGACAGAUGGAGUUUUGUAUUGGUCUACUCAGUGUUGAAAAUAGUGCCUCUCCUCAGUCUUCUGUCAACUAAUUUGUUUUAGUCAAAUAUAAAUCAUGUUUGGUUGUUGAAAAUCUGAUGUUUUAGUUUCUUUACAUCAUUUCCUCUUAUCACUUCAGUGCUGUGUUUGGAUUAGUAAUUUUUUUUUUUCUUUACAUCAUAUCUUACCAUAGAGACCAAGCUGUUUGAAUCAGGUUUUAGCCAAUCCAUUACAUCUCUUUAAAAAAUUCUAUACACUUUGCUUCAGCCCUUUCUUACAGUAGCCAAAAAUCCUAGUGUUCCAAGACUUUGUUCAGUAUUUUUUUAUUUUUUAUUAAUGUUUGUGUGAGAAUUUACUAAGACAAGUUUUUUGAGCAAUUACUUCAAAUUUUUCUAAAAAUAAAACUUUAGGAGCACAGGGCUAUUUCUCAACUCUCAAAAUCUUACUAUUAAAAGCAUGGAUAGUGCAUACACCCAAAUUUUUUUUAAAGCAUACAUUUAGAUUCACCAAAAAAGAAUACGAAGAAGGAAUUGAGUGAGAAGUGGCAGCAACAUGAAUGGUUUCUCAAGAUAUGUCAUAAUGCCAGAUUUUCAUGUUGUUACCAGUUAUCACACGCCAUUAUUGCUGACUCUGUAGGAUAUCUGAAAAUUAUCUACUUAACAAUAGAAUGGAUAUCUUACCCCCAAACAAAAAGGAAGAAAAUCAAAAAGAAAAGGGAAAAGGAUUUGGGGACAUGGCAACAUAUCGCAUGAUUGUUGCAAUGUGCAAAUAAAUUGCAAACAAUGGAUUUUCUGCCCCUAAUAUCAGAGCAUUUGUGCUUAAAAUAUGGAUGUCAUUCGUGAUUGGGUUUGAUUAUUUUCCUCUGGAUACAAAUGUUAGGAAUGACAAGCCACAACCUUCAAAAAGAUUUGGCAUGUUAAGGAUGUGCUAAAUUCCAAGGUUGUUGGUAAAAUCCUGCCUUGACAUUGGAAUGUAUCCUUGCAGACAUCUUAAAUAAUCAUAAUUUUUUGAAAAUAUCCUAUUUUUUAAUCUUAUUUAUUACUACAGAUCUAUUCUCUACACUAAAACCAUUUGCAGUUAUUAGCCAAAAAACAUAGUUUUCCAACAUCCAAGACUCUUUGUUUGGUAUUAUUAUUAUUAUUAUUAUUAUUAUUGUGGGGGAUUUUUCCCGCGCACGCUCUUUGUCCGCUUUGGGGAGCCAAGCCCGCACGGUUUUGUCCUCGGCCCCGAGUGUGGUGUUUGGAAUUUUUGGGGUGUUUUGACCCUGUGACACCCUAGUCCCACAUCGGUUGAAGAAGCGCCCCACACAUGCCUUAUAAGCUCUUGGCGCCAAGGCAUGGUGUACCACUCACACACAUGUGGUACACUCAUGGUUGCUCCAAGGGCUUAUAAACCAUGAGUAGGGCACAUCUCUUGCCGAUGUGGGACUAGGGUGUCACAGGGUCAAAGGACCCCAAAAAUCCCAAACCCCACACUUGGUACUGAGAACAAAACUUACAGUUUGCGGGGCGUGAAACAAAAUCAUCCCCCACAAUUAUUAUUUUAAAUAAUAUUUGUGUGGGAAGUUAUUAAAACAAGGUAUUACUUCAAUUUAUUAAUAAAAUAAAAAGCUUUAGGAGUGGUGUGAAGGGAAUAAACACGAAAUUCCCAGAUUUGUGAGAUGCAAAAAUAGGGAAAAAUUACAAGAUGCGGAAGUAAAAUUUUUUUCUCUGUAAAAACAACACGCCAAACCCUAAUCUCCCAUUAAAAAACCGUAACAAUUUUAUUUCGGGUUGGGUCAUAAUCUGGAUCAAACACAACUAAGCUCCACAAAGCCCAACAUAGUGCUUGUUGUCUUGGAUUUGUUAACCUGUUUGACUUCUGUGAGUGAGUGUACGACAUUUGAUCUUGAUUUUAAGAUUCUGUUUGCACCUAUGCAUUAGUAAUUUUGUUUGGUAAUUGAAUGGCCUUGAAUGAGGGACUUAUGGUGUGAGAGGUGUUGGUUAGAUGUCUUUGUGAUUGGGUUGUAAAGGCCGGCCAUUGAGUUAAUGUUAUGAGCAUUUUUACCUGAAAGUUGUUGAUUAGAUCUCAGAAAACAUUACGAGCAUUUUUACAGGGCUUGUGCACAAACUGAUCGACACUUCUUUUUAUAUAUAAUU